GUUCCACUUUUUAGGAGCGGCUACUUCUGCUCCUCCGCGGCCGGGACAGGAGCGCUCAAAGGCGGGCAGGAGAGCACAGAGCCGCCGUGUGGAUGCACCGAGACACUGGAGGAGUGGAAAUACAAAGAAUGUGACUCGAGUUGGAGCUGGCCUGGAGGAUUUCAGAGGAUGGGGGCGUGGUGGGUUAAUAGGUCAGACUUCGGAAAGCUUAUAAGGCCCUCACCCCUGCCCCAUGUUCACAAAAGGGAUUUUUCAUUGACUCUGUGGUGCUGUGAAAAUGCAGGCGACCAUUGGGCUCUUGGCUCUACUGCUGCUCGCUGGGACCAGUCUGGCAAAGCCCAAAAAACGUUUCACUCGGUUUCCUUCAUGGAAUACAAAGAUGUAUCCAGUCUGGAAAGAAGGAGACCCACGCCUUCACGACUCCUGGAAAGGUACAAAAUAAAACGAUGGGGAAAAGUGAUUCAAUGUGGCAAACGACUCCCCGACUCUGACCGCAGCUAAAGUGACCUUCACUAUCGAACUGCAGUUUCCCCACGGCCAGAGAGUGCUGUCCCCUGGAGGAGACGUGGUGUGGGCAGAAGACGGAGAACAUAAUGGAACCCAUCACGCCGCGUCAGAGCCGAUGUACCCUCUGGAGAGUGCAGACGAGGAGCUGGUUUUUCCUGAUGGAACUCCAAUAAAAGAUGACAAGAAACCACAAUAUGUGUUUGUGUGGAAAACAUGGGGUCAGUAUUGGCAGGUGGCAGAUGGUCCCUGCUCCUCUCUCACCAUUGGCACAGAUGACGUUCCUCUUGGAUCUUACAUCAUGGACAUCGUGAUCUACCACUACAGAGGCAGGCAGAAGUUUAUACCUCUGGGAUACGCCUCCACACAGUUUUCCAUCACCGAUCAGAUCCCAUUCUCCGUUUCCUUGGACCAGGUGAAUGACAUUGUGGCUGGAGAUCUGCGCUUUGUUCAGAACCGUGCAAUUGCGUUCACUGUAACCCUCCAUGACCCCAGCGAAUACCUCAGCCCGGCCGACAUCACCUUUAAUUGGGACUUUGGGGACGAGAGUGGGGCCCUGAUCUCCAGAGAGCGAACCGUCACUCACACUUAUGUAAACUCAGGCUCAUUUAAGCCUCAAGUUGUGAUCCAGGCAGUGAUCCCGGAUAAGAGCUGCGAGCCUGCCGUCACGCCCACCAACCCCCCCACUGAGAAAGCUCCAGUAGUGAUAUCUGCAGUGCCUGUGGACAAAUCCUCUCAGCCAAACUCUACUCCAUCUGAUGCAGAGGAAGACGGCUCUGAGUAUGAGUCCUCCUCUCCACCAAACUCACAGGACACUACCAACGAAGAGGACAAUGCUCAUGGGACUGCAGGAGCAAAGGGAGGGUUGACGCUCACUGGAAAAGCGGCUGUUAUUGUCUCUACAGAGAAACUCACAGAUGACCCUCCCAAUGACGACUGUGUGAUCUAUCGCUAUGGAUCCUUCUGUACCGGCAUCGAAGUCUUUGAGGGCAUUGACAAAGUGGAGAUCGUGCAGAUGGAGAACUCUUUGCUGGCGUCAGAAAUGGUCAAAAACGUUUUGGACAUCACCGUCACCUGCCAGGGAAGCUUCCCAAAGGAGGUGUGCAGUGUGAUUUUGGAUGCAGACUGCUUCAGGCCUCUGCACUCUGAGUGUAACAUGGUGGAGCCGUCCAAACAGUGUCAUCUAGUGCUCAGACACUUCUUUAACACCUCUGGCCUUCACUGCAUCAACGUGUCCAUGGCCAACGAUGUCAGCCUGGUCCAAACCUCUGCUAAGUUCAACAUCCACAUGGGUUCUCAUUUGCCUGGGUCAGUCCUCCUUGUGCUGAUCUUGGGAGCGUUUUUAGUGUCUCUGGUUGCAGUGAUGGUGGCUCUUUCUCUGAAGCAUGUGGUGAAGUCCUCUUGCUGGCAGUCCAGUCCUACCCCAUUCAGAAUUUCUGAAAAUGAAAAAUACAGCGUGGACAAGCGCCCCCUGCUGCCAGAAACACUGUGA